UGAGCUGACGUUAACCGUUGUUCUUGACAAACAAGUAACUAACGUUAGCUAGCUUUUCUACAACUAGCUAACAAGUUCUCAACAGCUAAAACAUUUAAAACUAGCUAGUUAUUUAGCUAGUAACGUUAUCCAGCUAAUAUAACGAUGUUAGUAAACGCUAGUUAGCUAUAAAACUGCCAACUAACCUUAACUGGUUUAGCACUAAACACAUUUCGCUAGCUAGUCUACAGCCUUAACAGGCGCUAAUAUAUUCCUACAGUCAGGCUAACCACAACGAUGUCUCGGAGGCGGCUUGACAACAGCAAUGGACCUACUGGGUUACUUGGAGAAAUUCAAACCCUUAUCAAUACGGAACCAAUGGACAGUAUGUACGAAAUCACCGGCGAGUUGGGCAGGGGGAAAUUUGCAGUGGUGAAGCGGUGCAUGGAGAAGGCUACGGGAAAGAUGUUCGCCGCCAAGUUCCUGCGGAAGCGGAGGCAGGGCCGAGAUUGCCGGGCCGAGGUGGUGCACGAGAUGGCCGUGCUGGAGGCGGCCCGCAACAACCCUCGUGUGGUCAACCUGCAAGCUGCCUACGAGACAGACCAUGACAUAAUCCUGCUGCUGGAAUAUGCGGCGGGAGGUGAGAUCUUUGACUACUGUGACUGUGAUGAGCUGCUCCCAGAGGGCCAGAUCACACGCCUGAUCAGACAGAUGCUGGAGGGCGUCCACCUCCUCCACCAGACCAGCGUGGUGCACCUGGACCUCAAGCCCCAGAACAUUCUCUUGACCAGCCUGGCUCCGCUGGGGGACAUAAAGAUUGUGGACUUUGGCCUGGCGCGCAAACUGGGCACAGUCGGAGAGCUCCGAGAGAUCUUGGGCACGCCCGAGUACGUGGCUCCAGAAAUUCUAAACUACGAGCCUAUCACCACAGCAACUGACUUGUGGAGUGUGGGGGUGAUAGCCUACAUGCUGGUGACGGGUGAGUCUCCGUUUGCAGGGGACGACAAACAGGAGACGUACCUGAAUGUGUCCCAAGUCAAUGUGGACUACAGCCAAGAGGCCUUCUCCAGGGUGUCGGAGCUCGCCGUCGACUUCAUCCGCAAGCUGCUGGUCAAAACACCAGAGGACAGGUCCAGUGCAGCCGACUGCAUGACCCACCCCUGGCUGUGGCAUCAAUACCCAAUUACCGAGCCCAUCACACCACGUACACCCCGCGAGAGGAGCAGCGGUAACAAGUGGGCCGCCCCACCCGAGGACCCAGAAGACAAGGAGAACUUCACCUUGGACUCGCACCACACCCACGCCAAGCGGUUUCGGUUUGAGGUGGAGGGGGAAAGAGCGACGCAAGCGUCCCCCUCCUGUGACCUGCCCUUAUGAUUUUAUUGGUUUUAUGCAGCAAUGAACCUGCAGGCAGCACUGUUGCCUACCCAAGAGCUAUUCAGUCCUGUUCUGUUCUACCGCUCGCUUGUAUCCAGUGUGUCCGGCCAAACCAAAGUUAACCAGCUUACUUUGUGAUCUAAUGAGUAAUAGUAUUUUAUAGUGAGCUGUUUUUGUCUUUUGUUUUGUCUGGUUAAUUUAUGUCCCUGAAUUUACAGAGAAUGGGUGGCCAUGUAUAUCUCAAGGGAAAUCUAUGCUAUUCUGUUUUUCCACAAACUUUUAAGAGACAUUUUAAACAGUCAGCAAAUUAUUACUUGACCAUUUUUGCCAGAAGGCUAAUAAGUUGUCGUAAGUGUUCUUAGACGCCCCAAAGUGUUUUAGUAUUUUGUGCUAAAAGCAUUCGAAUUAACACUGAGCUGUGCAGAUACAAGCUAAAUCAGUCUAUUUGAGGUCGUGAAAGUAAAGUAUCCUCGUACUAUAUGCUUAAUUGCUUGACCCAAGAUGUGCAUUACCUCCCUACUCUCAAACAAGCAUCAGCUUCGGGCCAUGGCUUAUGCCAAGUGGCAUAUUACAUUCCAUUCCAUCUGACAUUCCCUUGUCUAGUUCUUAGGCACUCUACAACACACCACAUCUGAAAACACGUCAUUGAAGACAGGUUUUCUAUGCACACAUUACCCAGCCUUGGCCUGCAUAAUAAGUAAGCCAAUGAGUCACGCUAUUUUCUGUCGAUUACAGUGUUUAUUGUUUACCUGAACUCUCCUGGUUUACAAUUCCACAGUAAUAGAGGCGGUUUAAGAGGGCUCUAAAAAAGGUGACUCAUGGACAGUUCACACCACACCCAUGCUUACUCAAAUGUUUCUGCAAAGUUGUCAGUUCCUCUUUAAUCAUUAGCUUAAGGCAAAUGUGACUGAAGCACUUUCUAUUUAUCAUCUGGGUAUUUCAUGAAUUACUGGAAAAUAACCAUGUCCUCUGAAGUGUUUUUAAUUCCAUGUUUUU